AUGGAGCAUGAACUUGGCAGAGAAUCCAAAAAUGAGCUUGUGCAGGCUGAAAACAUCAUGCCCAAGGGCCCAGAUGAACAACCUGAUAGCAACACAGUCGAAGUCUUAAAAGAGGAGGCUGAAGAGAUCAUCCGUCUCCAAGGCCCAAAUGAACAAACUGAGGAAAAUGACCAAGGCCCAGAUGAGCCACCCAGCGAUAGCACAACUCAGAAGCUAACAGAGCAAGAGGAAGAGAACCAACCUCAAGAGCUAAGUGAACUGAGUGAAGAGAACCAACCUCAAGAGCUAAGUGAACUGAGCGAAGAGAACCAAUUUCAAAAACUGAGUGAGCAGGAUGAAGAAAAACAACUUCAAGAACUGAUUGAGCAAGGUGAAGAAAGCCAACUUCAAGAACUGAGCCAGCAGGGUGAAGAAAGCCAACUUCAAGAACUGAGGGAGCUGGAUGAAGAAAGGCAACUUCAAGAACAAAGUCAGCAGGGUGAAGAGAAACAGCUUGAGGAAUUGGGUGAAACAACUGAAGAGAAGCAACUUCAAGAACUGAGUGAACUGGAUGAAGAGGGCAAACGCACAGAUAUAAGUGAUCUAGAUGAAAAUAGCAAACUACAAGAUUUAACUGAGCAAGUCAAGGACUUUGAGACUAAAGAUUUCACAUAUUUUCUUGACGAACAACUAGGGGUACAAGAACAGCCAAUCCCUUAUUAUCAGCCAGCCCCAACAUCUUUUAUUGAUUAUCUAUCUAUUUCUGCUUCUGGAAGGCAGGAUGCUCCAGAAUCAAAAUUUGAUAUUACUCAGCUUGACAAAAAAGACAGCAAAAUCCAAGAUAUAAAGAAGAUUGAGGGAAGUAAGAUUUUCUCAGAAAUAACUAAAGAGAAGGAGCAUUACCAAUCCGCCAUGGACACGUCAUCACUAAAACCCAGAAGGAAAUCUGUUACUACUAAAAGUGAAAGCAGUACUCCUGUUCCCAGAAGUUACUAUCUCCCUACCAAGCCAGUGGUUCCCAGAAUUACUCUGCCUCGAACAUCUGAUAAAGCAAUUCAGUGUACUAAGAUGCUCAUGCGACGCCUGACACCGCUUAGGAAGCCGCUCCCUCCAAAAGCCGCCGUCCCCAAAACAAGCAUACCAACCAAAGAUAAAGAUACUCAGAUUACUACUUCCUUUGAAACACUGAUGAGGAAACCACUAGCUUCAGUGGAAAAGAAGAAAAAAGAACCUAAGAGUAAGACAGUUGCCAAGGUGUCUUCAAACAAAGUUUCUCCAACCAAGACUCGCCGGUCCCCUUCACGCAGAAAAAGUGCCAGCUCUUCUGCCAGGAAGCCUAACGUUGUCUACAAUGUCCACAUAACAGUGUAUGACAGAGGGAGAGACAUUAAUACCCAGUUUAUCAAGGACACAACCUGGGAAGUACUUGGGACUGUGAAUUUAUCAGAGUUUUUGGAAGUUGUGAACAGGACCUCACCAUUUUCUCAAACAGAAGGCUUCCAGAAUACCCUCUGGGCUUUCAAGAAAAUAAAGAAAGAUAUGGUUUGUAUUGAUGAUCUGAGGUUAAUCCUGGAAAACCUUGAAGUCAAUCUGAGUUGUGAAACUAUGCAUGAUGCAAUAAAAUGCACUCAUAUUAAUAAGAACAGGCUUUUGAACUUCAAGGAAUUUCUUCUGGCUGUAAGGGAACUACAGAAACGUCCUGAAGAAGAAAUAUUUCCGAGUGAAUACGCCCUCUUGGAACGGAAGCCUUUUAAGGAUGUGACUGGGCUUGUCGGUGCUGAUUCUAGGUGGAGAAGAAAGUACCAAAGCUAUUUUGAUGAUGAAACAUCUGAAUCCACAACACCAUACUUCUCAGGACAGCUGAGUUCAAGUUCAGCUACAUAUAGUGAUUUCACUGAACUCAACAGCAAUUCAUUUGAUCAGAGUGUCUUGAAAAAUGCACAGGCAGAUGAUAAUCAGAAAAUCACAAUAGUGAAAAUUUUGCAAUCAGAUAUUUCUGAACAAAAAGAGCCAAGCACUGCAUUUUCUGUAGACCAUGAUGAAGGCAACACAAAAGAAUCUGACAACGUGGAAGAGAGAAAGUCAAUGACAGAUAUUGCUCUUAUAGAAAGCACCAAUGCUGAACAUGACUUAACAGAGGAGAAAAAAUCCAUAUCUGAUACUCCUGAUCAAAAUAUCCCACCUGAUCAAAAUAUCCCACCCAGUCAAAAUAUCCUACCCGAUCAAAAUAUCCUACCCGAUCAAAAUAUCACACCUGAUCAAAAUAUCACACCCAAUCAAAAUAUCAUACCCGAUCAAAAUAUCACACCUGUGGAUAAUGCAGAGGGCAAAGAUAAAGAACAUGACAUUGUAGAGGAAAUAUCUUAGAAUUCUAUUCUUCAAUUCAGGCUACUUGGCUUCCACAGAUUACUAGUUGACCUACGUGUUAAGAGAAGUUGAGUUUUCUGAAUUUCUGAAAUUUCUGAAUUUCCACCAACUAAUCUAGUAUAGGGAAAUCUCAAGUCUUCUCUGAUAUUAUGUGCACCCUUUGCCCGGCCAUAUAAUCAGCAGGAGAAAAUUUCUAAAAUCGAAGAUGUUAGGAAAGGGAGUCAAUUUCUCCUGAAAGUGGAAUAAGCUGGGGAGCGAUCCAGGGUUAUUUUAUGUGACUCAUUGUACAUGAUUCCUUGACAGACCUGAAUAAAAUUCAGCAGGU